CGGAGCGGCGGCCGUGGAGGCGGCGGCGGUGGCGGCGGGUGGCGCUCCCGGCCCUGACAGGCUCGAGGGGCGGGGCGGGGCGGGGCGGGCGGCGGGUGAUGGCGGCGGCGGCGGCGGCGGGCGCUGUGGAUGACUUCUCCGUCCGGCCGCGGGAGGAAGCCCGGCCCGGCCCCGCGGCCUGAGCGCGGCCCGCUGCGGCGGGGCGUCGCGCUGCUGCGCCUGCUCGCGCUGCACCUGGGGCUGCUGUGCGUGUGGCUGUGCCGGCGCCUGGGCCGCGCGCUCAUGGCCGCCCGCCGGGGCGCCCGCGCCGCGCCCGCGCCCGCGCCCGCGCCCGCGCCCGCGCCGCCCGGGGAGGCCGAGAGCGUGCGCGCGCGCCACAAGCAGGCCUUCGAGUACAUCUCGGUGGCGCUGCGCAUCGACGAGGACGACCAAGCAGGACAAAAGGAGCAAGCCGUGGAAUGGUAUAAGAAAGGUAUUGAAGAACUGGAGAAAGGAAUCGCCGUCAUAGUUACAGGCCAAGGUGAACAGUGUGAAAGAGCUAGACGCCUUCAAGCUAAAAUGAUGACCAAUUUGGUUAUGGCCAAGGACCGGUUACAGCUUCUAGAGAAGCUACAGCCAGUGUUGCAGUUCUCCAAGUCACAAACAGAUGUCUAUAAUGACAGUACUAACCUGACCUGCCGCAACGGACACCUUCAGCCAGAAAGUGGAGCUGUUCCAAAAAAGAAGGAUCCCUUAACUCACACUAGUAACUCGCUGCCUCGUUCGAAAGCAGUGACGAAAACUGGAUCCACAGGCCUUUCCGGCCACCACCGGGCGCCCAGCUACAGCGGCCUGGCCUUGGUCUCUGGAGCCCGCCAGGGCCCUGGGCCUGCGGCCGCUGCCCAGAAGAACACUCAAAAAACAAACAGAACAAACAAGCCUUCUACCCCUACAACUGCUGCUCGUAAAAAGAAGGACUUGAAGAAUUUUCGAAAUGUGGACAGCAAUCUUGCUAACCUUAUUAUGAAUGAAAUUGUGGACAAUGGGACAGCUGUUAAAUUUGAUGAUAUAGCUGGCCAAGAGUUGGCAAAACAAGCAUUGCAAGAAAUAGUUAUUCUUCCUUCUCUAAGGCCUGAGUUGUUCACAGGCCUUCGAGCUCCCGCCCGAGGAUUGCUACUCUUCGGUCCACCUGGAAACGGGAAGACAAUGCUGGCUAAAGCAGUAGCUGCAGAAUCUAAUGCAACCUUCUUUAAUAUAAGUGCUGCAAGUUUAACUUCAAAAUAUGUGGGAGAAGGAGAGAAGUUGGUGCGAGCUCUUUUCGCUGUGGCCCGGGAGCUUCAGCCUUCCAUCAUCUUCAUAGAUGAAGUUGACAGCCUUCUAUGUGAAAGACGGGAAGGAGAGCACGAUGCCAGCCGGCGUCUGAAAACGGAGUUUCUGAUAGAAUUCGAUGGUGUACAGUCAGCUGGAGAUGACCGAGUACUUGUGAUGGGUGCGACCAACAGGCCACAGGAGCUGGACGAGGCCGUGCUCAGGCGCUUCAUCAAACGAGUGUAUGUUUCUUUGCCAAACGAGGAGACGAGACUACUUUUACUUAAAAAUCUGCUGUGUAAACAAGGAAGCCCGUUGACCCAAAAAGAACUAGCUCAACUUGCUAGAAUGACUGAUGGAUACUCAGGAAGUGAUCUAACAGCUUUGGCGAAAGACGCAGCCCUGGGACCUAUUCGGGAACUGAAACCAGAACAAGUGAAGAAUAUGUCUGCCAGUGAGAUGAGAAAUAUUCGGCUAGCAGACUUCACUGAAUCCUUGAAAAAGAUAAAACGCAGUGUGAGCCCUCAAACCUUAGAAGCAUAUGUACGCUGGAACAAGGACUUUGGAGAUACUACUGUUUAAGACAUUUGUAAGCUGCAGAAUAUUCCACUUUCCAGGAGAGAAGCGCCAUCUUCAAAGAAUAGUUACCAGCUACAGAAACUCAGCCUAAGUUUACAGAACUUUUCAUAUUUCUAAUUCUGCAUCCUAGAAGAUUAAACAUGAAAAAAAUUUAAAUAAGAUAUACAAUGCAAAUGGAAUAUUUUCAUUUUUUAAAUAAUAUUUUUGGUUUCAUGCAUCUUGAUUUACAGUAUGGUUAGUUUCAUGCAUAAAGGAAUCUUUUCUUUAAGGCCUUCCUGCCUUGAUCAUGGCUAACCCACUGGGCACUGCAGCUCGGAGCACAGCAGAACCUGUGUCUGGUCCUUCCCAGCAGCGUCGUAGUGUAAAUAUUUGUAUAUUGUGUUGCAGAGUAAAGUAUUCCGGAGACAGUGAAUGGUAGAAAACACAAGAGCCUUGGUUAUGUGUCUUUUGGUGUCUUCAGUAGUAACUGUUCCUGUUUUCCUUUUCAACUGUUCUCUUUACUGAAGUGGUUGGAACACCAAAUACUUUUUUUACCCUCUUCUUUUUUCUUUGUAUAAACCCAGUGUGCCAAAUGAGACUUCCCAGUGUGACAGUAGGAGGAGAAGGUAUUUUGGGAUUGUUUUCUUCAUAAAUUUACAGACAUUAAAGAGUUGUAUUCUUUUUAUUUUUUAUUUUUCUUUUUACCUUCUAUACGUUUUGGAAAGUAAAAUGAUGGCAACGAAGCAAAUUUGCUGAAAGAGAGGAGGGUGAGGUUGUUUGAAGGGUUGAGUUACUCUGUCAUACAAUAUGUAGAUCAAUCCUCAUGUGACCUGCAGUAUUGUUUUCAAGUACAUCUGUCAGAAAUCUGUCGUAGACUGUUAACUUAUUCCUCAUGGAAUUUAUUUUCUGCUAGGAUUAUUCUAAUAUUUAGACAAAGACCAUUUUGGGGUGGAGUCAGUCCAGUGGGAUGGGUACUUUCCUGCUCAUGAUUGCCCUGUUCAGUCCCCAGACGCUUCCAGGCAGGGCUCCUGAGCAGGAGUCAGGAGUAAGCCCUGAGCAGACAAGUGAAGCAGGACAACUUCAACUGCUAAUUAAAAAAAAAAAUAUUGUGGAUGAGAGAAGGAAAGUGCUGAGAGCCAAAAUAUGUAUAAUUUAUUGCUUAUUGCUUUCUUAUGGUUUACAGGAUAAUUAUAAGGCAGUGGAUAUCCCAUCUUUAAUAUUACUUAUUAGUCUCUUCAAUGAACUAAAUUACUGUUUUUAUAUAUUGCAUAUAUUUUCUAGGUUCUUGUGUGCUCCCUUUGUUAACUGAUGUCUUAGUCUAUUACUCAACCUUUUGUGCCCCCAAAUGUACAGUAAUUCUAUUUCUUGUUUGUACAUGCCUGGAUUUUUAUUACAAAAAUGUCAUUGUAGGUAGUAGAGAUUCCUGGCCUUUAAAAUAUUGUAAUGAAAGCAAAUGGAUAUUUGCACUUAGUUUACUGAUUAAAAGUUUGUUUACAGAAAUUUUCUUUGGUGCUUAAAUGAUGUUACAUAAAAUGGGUAGAAGAAAUAAUUUUAUAGUAGUAACCAAUAUUAACAAAGUACUUUCACUUGGUAAAAACGUCCUUGAUUUUGAGGAAAUAAAUUACGAUUUCAGAAACCUUGUUUUCCCUAAUAGAAAAGCAUUUUAUAAUGAAGACUUACUUUCUCCUUAAUUUUAUUCUUGUUCUUUUGAAAGAUUUAUCUAACUGGAGAACAUGUAUGAUUUCUUAAGAUCAUCUUUUUUAGCUAUAACUUAUGUCUCCUCUAAUUGAUUUUAGAAAUCCCCAUACAAUAAAAUAAGUAGGAAAGUAGUAUAAAUUUUUGUCAGUUUGAAUAGUAUCUAAAUGUCUCAGAUAUUACGAAAUAUUGGUAAUUAAGUUACUUAUAUAAGAAGAACUAGAAGUACCCUAAAUGUAAAAUUUUUCACCAAAGCUCAUUUCAUUUUGCAUUUUCCUUCGAAAGAUUUUAGAAACCUUGAGUCCACCUUUUAAAAUACAGUCUCCUUUACCAGCAGUAAAUUUAUUUAUAAUAACAAUUAUUCUAUGCAAUAAUUAAUAACUUACCUUUUUUAUUGGAUAAGCUUUUAGAUAACAGAUUUCAAAUAUUAGAAGCUAUAAAGUCCAAUGGUCAUAAGCCUUUAGUCAGAGUUGUAUUCCCAUACGAAUAUACAUCUGUGUGUAGAAGUUAUUUUCUUUCCUCGCCAUGUUUGAAGUUGCUAGAGAACUAUUUUUUCUGACUUACAGAGACCACGUUUUAUUUAAAGCUGUUUCUUUCCUAGAAAGGCCAGGAAAAGUAGCUUUAGAGUAGGAGGUAUAAGGGAGUGGUUCUGUCCUUUUCAAUAAGGAUGAAAGUUGCUGAGGUUUUCUAAACUAAUAAUAGGUGUAGAUUGUCAACUUUUAGAUUUUGCAUUGACCUCUGUCAUAUUACCUCCUAAAAUGUAAGUCUUAACAUCUUAAGCAUUAGCUUGCUCUGUUAAUUCAAAGUUUUGUAAAGUAAAUUAAAACUUCUUGAUGUAGGGCCAGAGCAAUACUGCUGCAAGGGGGGGCGCUUGCCUUGCGUUCGGCCACUAGGGGGCCAUCCCCGGAACACACAGAAGCCCCACCAGGAGUGACCAUUCAGUGGAGUGCGGGCAGGUUUGGCCAUGCCCCCAACACCCACCAGAAAGCCCUGACGCUUUGACAUGUAAUGGAUUUUAAGCCAAGGGAAAGAACUGGUGCUAUCUUCCCAGGUAUCAUAAGGAUAGACUUGAUUCAGAGGUAGUCUGCCCAUAGAGUUUCUUAGAUUAUUGACUUGCAGAUAUGCUUUGUGCUUGGGAACAACUGGAGAAAAAGCAGAUACUAGAAUUCUAGCUUAACACAUAGCAGUGUUUGUUUAUUGUGUAAAAUUCUAUAUAUUUUGUACAAAAGUUCUUUCGGUGGAAUGAAUUAUUUACAGUUUGUUUUUGGACUGAAUGGAAGGAGUUUAAGUGCUUUGUCUCAGUUUUAACCUGGUCUUUUGUACUUUUCUUCAGAGGAAAUGAAUUUAAAAAAAGAUCCAGCUGCAUUAAAGUGGGUUUUUAUCCUAAUGGAUUGAAAAUAAUAAAAUUUAUUUUGCCUUUAA